CUGCCUUGCAGGUACAGAUCCAUUGCUAUCGAGCAACUCUGAUUGUAGCAUGAAUACAUUUUACAUGACUUUAUCUGAAGAGAUCAAGACUGGCAGGCAAAAUUAAACUCUGGGAAAAGACCCCCAAGCCCUUCUGGCACUCUUAGAAUUUAACAUGUGAGUCACUAAAAAUUUUAAAUCACACUUUAAUUGAGGACUUUGUAAUUAGAAUUUUGUUUCUUCCUCAUUUCCUUGAAAUACAGUUUCAGGAGGAACAGAGAACAGGACAGCUUCUUAGCACCUUGUCACCUGUAUGUUCCCAUGCGAGUGACCAAGCUUUCUGUUUCGCUCAGGUAACCUAUUUCCCCGCAGUAAGAACACAGCCGAGGUGUCUCAGUGACCACACAGAGGCCACCUCCCUAAAAAUUACGCUGUUCUCUGACCCACCCCAGGUCUCACAGUUCAGGCUAAACAUUAACAAGGCUUUUACAAUCACAAGCUUUUAGUGAAGCUUUGAUAAGACACUCCAGCAGUUAGCAGCAAGUGAAGACAGCCUGCACAGCAGGGAUUCCAGGGAAUGAAUGGAUUUUUUUCAGUAUUGGUGAAGGGAAUCUGACUUUUAACACUGGCGUUAUAAAGCAGCAUAAUGCGUGGCCGACAGCUGAAGAGAUUUGUUGCUUUUUGGACAUUAGUUUUCAUAAGGAUAGUUGCUGGGCUUGCCGGAGAGGGAAGAUCUGUGUGGAAAAAGGAUCCCAACUCCAGUCCUGUGAGUGAAAGACAGAUGUUUUUGUAUGACAGUUUCCCCACAGAGUUUCUCUGGGGCGUAGGGACGGGGGCAUUCCAGGUGGAAGGCAGCUGGAGGAAGGACGAGAGAGGACCCUCCGUCUGGGACCACUUCAUCCAUGCAGAGCUCAGAGACACUGACAGCGCAGAUGUUUCCAGUGACAGCUACACCUUGCUGGACAAAGAUGUGUCAGCUCUGGAUUUUUUAGGAGUUACCUUUUAUCAGUUUUCAAUCUCAUGGUCAAGGCUUUUUCCCACUGGACUGGUAGCAGCUCCUAACAAAAAAGGACUCCAGUACUAUAACAACCUUAUUGACUCUCUGAUCUACAGAAAUAUUGACCCUGUGGUUACCCUGUACCACUGGGACCUGCCCUUGACGCUGCAAGAACAAUAUGGGGGAUGGAAAAAUGAAUCAGUCAUUGAUAUCUUCAAUGACUAUGCCACCUUUUGCUUCCAGACCUUUGGGGAUCGUGUUAAAUAUUGGAUUACCAUCCACAAUCCUUAUUUAGUUGCUUGGCAUGGGUAUGGCACGGGUAUUCAUGCUCCUGGAGAGAAAGGGAAAAUAACUACUGUCUACGCUGUAGGACACAAUUUGAUCAAGGCUCAUGCAAAAGUCUGGCAUAACUACAAGAAACACUUUCAACCAUAUCAGAAGGGACUGAUGUCCAUAGUCUUGGGAUCCCACUGGAUCGAACCCAACAGAUCGGAAGACGCUUUGGACAUUUCUAAAUGCCAGCAGUCUGUGGAGAGAGUACUUGGAUGGUUUGCUAAACCCAUCCAUGGGGACGGCGAUUAUCCAGAAGAACUGAAAAAUGAAUCUUUUUUGCCACGCUUUACUGAGGAUGAAAAAAAGUACAUAAAAGGAACAGCUGACUUCUUUGCAUUUUCCUUUGGUCCUGAUAACUUCAAACCUCCAAACACUCUACCAAAAAUGGGACAAAACUUGUCGCUCAAUUUGAGAGAAGUACUGAACUGGAUUAAACUGGAAUAUGACAGUCCUCGGAUCUUCAUUGCAGAGAACGGCUGGUUCACUGACAGCCAUGUGAAAACCGAUGACACCACCGCCAUCUACAUGAUGAAAAACUUCAUAAAUAAGGUGUUGCAAGCUAUUAAAUAUGACAACAUAGAUGUGUUCGGUUACACAGCCUGGUCACUCCUUGAUGGCUUUGAAUGGCAGCAUGCCUACAAAAUCCGGCGUGGAUUAUUUUAUGUGGAUUUCAAAAGUGAAAAAAAGGAACGGAUUCCCAAGUCAUCUGCACUUUAUUAUAAACAAAUCAUACGGGAAAAUGGCUUCUUCCCAAGAGAGUCUACACCAAGUGUUCAAGCUCAGUUUUCCUGUGACUUCUCCUGGGGUAUUACUGAGUCUGUUCUGAAGGCAGAGUCAGUGGCAUCCUCACCCCAGUUCUGUGAUCCAAACCUCUACCUGUGGAACAUCACGGGAGAUGGGCUUCUGCACAAAGUGGAAGGAGUGAAGCUAAAAACCCGUCCGGCACAGUGUACGGAUUUUGUCAGUAUUAAAAAGCAACUUGACCUCCUGGAAAAAAUGAAAGUCACCCACUACAGAUUUGCACUUGAUUGGUCACUGAUUUUACCCAAUGGAGAUUUGUCAGUGGUCAACAGACAGGUGCUGAGGUAUUACAGAUGCGUGAUUAGCGAAGUGCUAAAACUCAACGUCCAGUCUAUGGUCACCCUGUACUACCCAACGCACGCCUACCUGGGCCUGCCGGGCCCUUUGCUGCAGACAGGAGGGUGGCUCAACCAGUCUACAGCCUACGCUUUUCAAGACUACGCGGCUUUAUGCUUUCAGGAACUUGGUGAUUUGGUUAAACUUUGGAUUACAAUAAAUGAGCCUAACCGACUCAGCGACGUCUACAACAGGAGCAGCAGCGAUACAUACCGGGCAGCACACAAUUUGCUAAUAGCGCAUGCCAUGGCCUGGAGAACAUAUGACGAGCAGUACCGGUCCUUCCAGCACGGCAGAGUGUCCCUGUCCCUGCACUCAGAUUGGGCCGAGCCUGCCAACCCCUACUUUGAGUCCCACACCAAAGCUGCCAACAGGUUCCUUCAGUUUGAAAUAGGCUGGUUUGCCGACCCCAUAUUUAAGACCGGAGACUAUCCAGCUACAAUGAGGGAAUACAUCCACUUUAAAAACAGAAAAGGCCUCUCACACUCUUCACUGCCAUCUUUCACAAGCGAGGAAAGGAAGCUCAUUAAAGGUGCAGCUGACUUCUACGCGCUGAAUCACUUCACCACACGAUUUGUGAUUCACGAGCCCCAGAAUGGGAGCCAGUAUGAGUUUGACCGUGACAUCCAGUUCCUACAGGACAUCACCUGCCUGAGCUCCCCUUCCCGGCUGGCAGUGGUGCCCUGGGGAGUGCGCAAGGUUCUCAAGUGGAUUAAAAGAACCUACGGUGACAUAGAUAUCUACAUCACAGCAAAUGGAAUAGAUGACCAGUCCUUGGACAACGAUGAGCUUCGGAACUAUUACUUAGAAAAAUACGUACAAGAGGUUUUAAAAGCAUACUACAUUGACAAAGUCAAAAUUAGAGGCUACUAUGCAUUUAAGCUGACCGAAGAAAAAUCUAAGCCCAGAUUUGGAUUCUUCACUUCUGACUCAAAAGGAAAGCCUUCAAUAAAAUUUUACAAUAACCUGAUAAGCAAUAAUGGCUUUCCUGCCGACUACUCUGUCUGUGAUCCAUCCAACAAUGACAAGCAGUGUAGCUUCUGUUUGUUUGUUUCUCAGAAGAAGCCGUUAAUAUUCUUCGCCUGCUGUCUUUUCUCCACUCUGAUCUUGCUUUUAACUAUUAUUGUUUUUCACAAAAGAAAAAGAAGAAAACGUUUUAAGGCAAAGAGAAUCCAGCGCAUUUGUGCGUCACUUUAAUAAGGGGCACAGGCCCACUUUCAACAGGAUUCAUGACUGUGCAUUCUACAGAGGACCAUGUAGAACAGGCAACUGCAGAAAAGCACUAUGUGAGUCACUCCAGUUAUACACACCGAACACCUCAGUUGAAAACAGAAGGUAACUGUAUGCACAGGAAAACAAGCUAUGAUACCUGCUUGAAAAGUGAAAUCACUUUUCUCCACUUUCUGUACGUAUGAAGAAAACGUUAUGCCUUUCCUGUGCCUUGGAAUAACCUUACAAAUUGUGUGACUUGAAAAGAGAUAUUAGUCUGUGAGAACUGAUAUGCACUUUUAUACAAACUUCUUUGGACCAAAACUUCCUGUGAUGUAUAUUCAUGCUAUGAAUGAUGUUAAACACGAAGAUGCAAUUGGUAGUUUAUAAAUAAAAGUGUUAGCAAACACCAAA